AUGGGCAACUCCUCCAAGAAGGGAGGGGGAGAAGAAGAAGAAGAAGAGGAGGGGGCGAAGGAUGGCGAAGAGGCCGAAAUCACCGAGAAGAAGAAGGAAGAGGCGGUGGAGGUGGAGGCAGAGCUUCCGCUGGGGGUGGAGGAGUUGUUCGAGAGUGGGGAUCCCGUGCUGGACUUGAGCUACCGUAAAUUCAAGCGGUUGCCGUCGCGCGUCAGUGAACUGUUGCAUCUGGAGAAGCUGUACGUCUGUGGGAACAGACUGCGCACUCUACCGGACAGCAUCUCCCAGCUGCAUGGUCUGCGGGUCCUUGCCCUCGACUUCAACAAGAUGGAGGAUGUUCCCCCGGCCGUGUGCCAGCUCACUAACCUCACUCGCCUCUACCUGGGCAGCAACCGACUCAUGGCCCUCCCACCUGAGCUGAGAAACCUGCAAAGUCUGCGUUGCCUGUGGAUGGAGAGCAACUACUUCCACAGUUUUCCAUUGUUGCUCUACGACCUGCCCCACCUCAGGUCCCUUCAGAUUGGAAACAACCGGAUGAAGACGCUGCCUUCUGACCUCCCCCGUAUGGAGGCUUUGAGGGGAUUAUGGCUCUAUGGGAACCGCUUUGAUACCUUCCCCAAAGUCUUGCUGCGUAUGGACAAUUUAGAGAUUUUAGAUCUGGACCGCAACAAGAUCACCGAUUUUCCCAGCCUGAAGCGUCUCCACGCCCUGCGGCUCUUUUCCUACGACCACAACCCAGUGGACAGCCCUCCUAGAGUGGGCGAGGAGGUACUCGUGGUUGGGGAGGGCGCUCUGGAAUUCUUGGAGGAGCGCGAGGCCAAGAAUGAAAGACUACGACAGGCCGCAGAGCAAGAGGCCGAAGAGUUGGCUCUGGCAGGAGAGGAGCCGGUGAUUCAUGGCAUCCUGAAGAGCAGCAGCUCCGGCUCCAAACAAGCUGCGGGGACUGUGGAGGACGCAGACAUUAAAGACGAAGAGGCCCUGGCGCAUGAGGAGGAGGAUAUGGAGCCGCCCGUCACCGAGUACGACAGAGCUGAGCUUGAGUAUGACGAGGAGGGGGUCGAAUAUGAGACGGAGGAGCUGAUAUGUGAAGGAGAGGGGUUUGAGUAUGAAGGGGACGAGCUGGGGUACGACCGGGCUCAGAUGGACUAUGAGUAUGAGGAGCUGGAGGACUCAGGGAGACAAGACGAAGGGGCAUGAAAAAAAAAAAAGACUCAGAUGGUCAGCAGGCAGGCGGAGGUGGAUGACAGAAAAGAAAAUAGCUAUCACAAUAGCUGUCACAACAUAGCUGUGCUGCUAAUUGCUAACCUAGCGUUAACUGUGAAAAUGAAUGAGCAUGGAGGCAUUAUGUAACUAAACUGACGGCACCUGUGACAUCUCAAUCAGCUGCAAAUGACCAACUCAGAGCAGGACUCAGGUGGUGUGUGUGUGUGAAGUGUGUAUGGGUGUUUUACAUUAGGGUUGUUUUUGUGUACACCAUCUUCCCUUAUUAAAUAUUACCUGAA